AUACUUAAAUCGUGCUAAUUACAUAUAAUAAAAACGGAUUGCUGAUUUGACACGAAUCAACUGCAACCGUGCAUCGAUUGUUGCAUCAGGUGAAGCUCGCGAGAGUCAUCGUCGAAGUUCUCCGCUGUGACGGUCGCGAGUCAAAUAAUUUCUAUAUCCUCCUCGUGUCCGGUAGUGUCUACGUGGAUCAAGAUCGAGAAAGUUGAAUUGAUCAUUCAUCGCAGUAAUACACACCAAUUGGAUUUUGAAUUAAUAGCGUCCGUACAUACGAAAGCUGGAUGACGAAGGAUGGUCCCUUCUUCAGAGCCUCUAUUGGCAGGGGCCGACAGCAAGCGCAACGGGCAGGACAGAAGACCUCUAAUCGGCGACAACAUCUCCAUUGUUAGACGCAAAUUCAACCGAGUGAGGUUGAAAAUAUGGUUGAAAGCGUUUUUUUUCUCUGUAGUGCUGAUACUGCUGAUCGACUAUUUUUUUGGACGCAAUUUUUCAGAUGGUUCGUCGUACGAAAUGGCAAUACUAGGUGAGAGUGUAGAUGAAUCGCUCGGAUUGAUAAGCUAUAAAAUAUCGAGUUAUCUGGUGGAAAACAAGGGCUGUCGAAUCCCUGCAGCAGAUCCAUUCGAUUCCAUCAGUCAACGUUACAUAAAAUACGUGGAACCCCUUAAAUGCGAUAAUGGGGGAAAACUCCCAUUGAUCGAAUCCAACGAAAGUGCCAUUUACGUAAACCCCUUGGCACAGUAUCAGUAUUACAACGAAUUUGAAAGGGCGAAUUGUUGUUGGACUUCCUUUUCUCGUAAAGAAGGCCACGACAACGAUGUCACGUUCGAAAAGAAGUGCCAUCGUUUUCAAGGAUCAGCAUCGAUCAAAGCAGAAUUUGUAAAAGUCGAAUGUUUUCGAAAAAAGGAGCAAAUAUAUCGGGACUACCAUGCAUUUUUACCUCGGAAGGAUAAAACGGAAAAGAGAUGUGAAGAUUUGGACGAGAAGUUGAGAGAUCACUUGAGCGUGAUGUUCCUCGGUGUGGAUUCGAUAUCGCGAUUGCAUUUGCAUCGGAUUAUGCCGGAGACUGUGAAAGCUUUGAAAAGUCUCGAUGCGAUUGAGUUUCUCGGCUACAACAAAGUCGCUGACAACACGUACCCGAAUCUCAUACCGAUACUGAGUGGCUUGACGGCCGAAGAGAUGGAGUCGGUUUAUAUGCACGAUAAUAAAUCAGCGACUUUUGACGUUUGCCCAUUUUUAUGGAAGAACUUCAGUGAAUCGGGCUACCGGACGAUAUUGGGAGAAGACGCAGCCAAAUUGACGGCGUUCAAUUGGCAGCGACCUGGCUACCGCGAUCCCCCCACGGACUAUUAUCUCCGACCGUGGAGCGUGGCCGCGGAGAAUGACAUCGCAAACAACCAGAGAUUCAACGCUCCUCUGUGUCUCGGUGGCAGAGAGUAUUUGGAUUGUUUGCUCGGGUACGUGAGCAAAGUAGCGAAGACGUUCGCGACGAGACGAUACUUCGGGUUCUACUGGCAGACGAGUUUGGGUCACGAUGACUGGAACUUGCCGAAGCUCGCGGACUCCGGUUACAGUAGGUUUUUCCAGUCCCUCAGAAAAAGCACAUUACUGGAUAACACGGUUGUCGUGGUGGCCAGCGACCAUGGGUUGAGGUGGGGAGCUUAUCGCCAAACGUAUCAAGGCAGAAUGGAGGGCAGUUUGCCCUUCGUUUACUUCGUCUUUCCCCGAUGGUGGCAGCGCAAAUAUUCCCUCGCGUUCGAUAAUCUUCGUAGAAAUACCGUCAGCCUCACAACACCUUUCGAUCUCCACGAAACUCUCCUCGAUAUCUUGAGAAUUGAGGAUAUCACCGAAGAGUCGAUCAUCCGGCGAACCGAACGUCUGAACAAAACAACUAGCCUGCCUCGAGGCAUCAGCAUGUUCCUGCCCAUUCCUCACUAUCGGACUUGCUCGAUGGCCGGCAUACCCGAACACUGGUGCAUGUGCCACACCAGUAAAAACGUUUCGCUGGAUGACGUCAGAGUGCUCAAGUCAUCGAGCUACUUGGUCGAACAAAUCAACGAACUCCUGAAAUAUCACAGUCAAUGCUCAGUCCUCAAGCUCAGUAAAUUAAUAAACGCUAAAAUGGUAAUCGGGCGAACCGAUGAUAUCGGCGACGAUCAAGUCCCGGCCUGGAUCGAUUUAACGAUAACCCUUCAAACCGAACCCGGCGAUGCCAUCUUCGAAUCUACUGUCAGGCACACCGCGACCAAAAAUCAGCUCACCGGUUCUGUCGCCCGAUUAAACGCUUAUGGCAAUCGGAGCGCGUGUGUCGAUGAACCGAAAUUGCGUCUGUAUUGUCACUGUCAUUGAAUCAUUUGCGAGCACAGUCAAUUAUAAACUGUUAGGAAUCCGACGACUGGAUGUGGAUUAUUUUGUUAAAUAAAUGUUGAAUCUCAUUAAAAUUCCGUUUGCUCGAUCUUCUUGCAGUAAGUAUCACGAUCAAGGGCUGCUCAAAUUUGGAUCUUGGAUUUCCGGAAUAUUUGAUCUCUUUCGCAUCGAUAGAACCUGAAAUUUUAAGUGACCAUGAAAAUGAGUGAUCGAAAAACGUGAAUUACAGUGUUGAAGUUUUUCUGAUUAUGAUAGAUUUUGAGAGCUUCUUUGCCGAAAGUUCAAUCAGUAACUGAAAAUUAAAAAAACAAUCAAUUCAUGCAGUAACUAUAAAUAAAAAUUAGGCGGUUAUCGUU